UGAGUAACUUUUGGACUUCUAAAGAGGCAGAGAGAUCGGGAUAAAGAUGCUCUCCCCUUUUCUCAUUUAGAUUUCAGCAGCUGUUUUCUUUUUUUCCAAGACUAGACAGUUAAACAAGUUGCAUACACACACAUACAUCUCUGGCUUGUCUUCUAACAGUCCGUGUCUAAGAAAUGGCAAACAUUUGCCAAUAUGGCAGCUUCACUCACGCCGUGGUGCGAAGCAUCCCGGAGACCUUCGGGGGGAAAGCGGAGUCGGGAGACGGUCAUGAGAACGGGGACGUGUCCGUGGACCUGGCCAAAGCGCAGCGACAGUUCGGGUGCCUGACGGGAGCUCUGAGGCAGAAAGUGGGCCUGCAGCUGAUUGAGAUCCCCCCCGACCCGGAGCUGCCGGAGAGCUGGAGGAUAGAGGACGUGGCGGUGAUCCAGGGAGACACGGCACUCAUCACCAGGCCCUACAAACAUCAGAGACGCAGUGAGGUGGAGGCGGUGAGGAGAGUGAUGUCAGAGCUCAACGUGACUGUGGUGGAGAUGGGCGCCGCUGACGGGGACUCCGGCGGGGCGACGCUGGAGGGCAGCGACGUCCUCUUCACAGGGAGGGAGUUCUUCGUCGGCCUCUCCUCCCACACCAACCGCAGAGGAGCCGAAGUGCUGGCAGACACUUUCAAAGACUUUGCCGUGUCCACUGUUCCUGUUUGUGGUGGAGCGCGACUGAAGAACAUCUGCUCCAUGGGGGGGCCGGACACGAUCAUCAUCAACAACAGUGACGGGGCCAAGAAGACACUCCGGAUGAUGGAACAGCUGACUGAUCACCACUAUGAAGUCCUCACUGUUCCUGAGGAAUCAGCAGCAAACUGCGUCUACAUCAGAGGUCCGUCUAGUCGGGACUUCCUGCUCCACCGGCCUGCAGAGGAAUGUCCUGACAGCGUCUCUGCCUUCCAGAAGCUCCAGGACUACACCCUCCUGCCUACAGCCUGCAGCGAGGCCUCCAAGCUGGGGGCGUCUUUGUCUUCGCUUUGCCUGCUCAUCAACAGAAAACACACAUAUUUCUAAAAACACUUCCUCACAGUUACCUGUCGGUACAUUACACACAGCUUUGACCUGCUCGUGUUCAGACGGGAUGAGGGGGUUAUCUAAAAGUGACCCCAUCACAGAUUUAAACAAAUUCUAAUUCUUUUCUAUUUAUUGCCACGGGGGGGAAACACUGCCACACAGCAUCUGUAAGUGAAUAUGAUCCAAAUGUAACAUCUGCUGACCCUUAGCACAGCUGCUCCCCCUGCUGGACAAAAAAAUGCAUCAUGUUGAAUUCCGCUCAAGAAUGUAAAUCAUGACUUCUCCUUGAAAACCACUAAAUUCAGCUGUAGCUCCACACUGUAACUGGGACGUACAGAAGUAUUAAAUCAAAACUGUGCAGACGGACGAGGUCUGUCCAUUAAGACCUCGAGGAUCCACUUUAACACAAACCACAGAAUGCAAAGUAACAUCUGUGUCAUGAUCACACAGGCCUCAGUAUUAAUACCAAGAUGUUUUAAAAGGCCCUAAUGUAUCCAGAAUAUAACAUGUUGUAGACAUCUAUAACAAAAGUUUCUAAUAAUCUGGUUAGUUUAUCAACGGUGACUCGAUAAGCAACAUAAAUCCAGAGUCCAGACGGUUUCACUUUAGAUGAAGUAUUCAUACUUCCAGAGGUAAAAGCUUUUUUAAACAUGACCUUUAGUGACCCUGUGAUUCCUAACAUUCAUGUCUUCAGAUUUAUGACAAUCCAUUUCUCAUGUCUAUGAUACAACAGGUCAUCUCGUUCUAUACUCUGUAGUUAUUUUACUGACUCUCCCUCACAGUCUCAUGUAGCUGCUAAGAAUAGAAAUGUACAAUUUUAAAUGUUUCAGCUUUCUUAGGUAUGAAUUUGUAGUAAAUGUAGCAAUAACAAUAAAAUUCUUCACAAAAGAU